AUGACGGAGAGUUCAGCAUCCGCACUUGUGUUAGCAACAGAAGAUGAAGCUAUUGGAGUUCAGGACACGGGCGUUAAGGGGACGGGGCCGUGGGGCAGGACCGUAGGGUUGGGGCCGCAGGCUAGGCGCGGUGGGGCAGGUGGUGGGUCAGGGCCAUGGGGAGACCGGUGGUGCAAGGGCCGCGGUGGGGUCGGGGCGGCUGCAGGUGAGGCGGGGCCGAGGUGGCUGGCUCGAGGCCGUGGCAUAGGAGGCACUAGUAGGGUCGGGGCGACUGUGGGUGAUGCAGGGUCGGGGUCAUGGGCUCGGGGCCGCGACAUAGGAGGCACCGACCGGGCUGGGGUGGCUGCUAGCGAGGUGGGGCCAGAGUGGUUGGCUUGGGGCCGCAGCAUAGGAGGCACCGACGGCAUCGGGGCGGUCACGGGUGAGAAGGGCCAAGGCGGUGGGCUCGAGGCCGCGGCGUAG